CCCACCACUUGCAAUAAACAGGCGUAAUGUCAAUGUCAGGAACCGUAGCAGGUAUAUAAACCGUCCAAACAUCUAAUUCGGCACAACACGUCUAACUAGCGAGUACUGGAAUACCAGCAGCGCUAUCAAAAAAACAAUUCUAAUCACCAUGAAGUGCUUUAUCGUACUCUCCGCCCUCGUCGCCGUCGCUCUCGGUCACCCCAGUGGCCUCCACGGAGUGGCCGUUGGCCAUGCUGGACUUCCUCUGGCCUACAGUGCACCAGUAGCCUAUGCCCAUGUCGUACCCGGUGCACCCAUCGGUGCCGAUGGUCGCGUCGUAGACACUCCUGAGGUCGCAGUCGCCAAGGCUGAACACGCUGCUGCCCAUAUCAACGAGAAGGUCACCCUGGCUCAUGAAGCUGCCAAGAACCUGGCUGUCUCCCCCGUGGUCGCUGCUUACUCCGCCCCUGUUCUUUCCGGACCCGUUGUUUCUGCCUAUUCUUCACCCGUUGUUUCUGCCUAUUCUUCACCCGUUGUUUCUGCCCACGUUCCUGCUCUUGCCUACGGUAAAGUUCUUGGACACGGAGCACCCAUUGGCAUCGACGGAACUGUUGUCGACACUCCUGAGGUCGCUGUCGCCAAGGCUGCCCAUUUUGCUGCCCAUGCCGAAGCUAAGGCUCGUCUUGGAUGGGCCAGUCCAGCCGUCUCCGUCUGGUAGAUAAAGCCCAUCUACCCAUAUACUAGACUUUUUUGUUUUUUUUUUAAUUUCGAACAAUGGAUAUUUUUACUUGUGAAUAAAUUUUAUAUCGAACAA